AUGAGAAACAGGACCAUGGUCGCUGAGUUCAUUCUUCUGGGCCUCACAAGUCAGCCUGAACUCCAGGUGGUGAUAUUCAUCUUUCUGUUCCUCACCUACAUGCUCAGUGUCCUCGGAAAUCUGUCUAUCAUAAUCCUCACCUGCCUUGACUCUCACCUCCAAACCCCCAUGUAUUUCUUCCUGCGGAACUUCUCUUUCUUAGAAAUCUCCUUCACAUCCAUCUUCAUUCCCAGGUUUCUAACCAGCAUGACCACAGGAAAUAAAGCCAUCAGCUUUGCGGGCUGCUUCACUCAGUAUUUUUUUGCUAUAUUUUUAGGAGCCACAGAGUUUUACCUCCUGGCCUCCAUGUCCUAUGAUCGCUAUGUGGCCAUCUGCAAGCCCCUGCACUACCUGAUUAUCAUGAACAGCAGAGUCUGCCUACAACUUGUGUUCUGCUCUUGGCUUGGGGGAUUGAUAGCUAUCUUACCACCGAUCAUCCUGAUGAGCCAGGUAGAGUUCUGUGCCUCCAAUGUUCUAAAUCACUAUUUCUGUGACUUCGGGCCCCUGGUAGAACUUGCCUGCUCAGACACAAGGGCCUUAGAGCUAUCAGUCUUCCUAUUGGCUACAAUGACUCUAGUAGUCACGCUGGUGCUGGUGAUACUUUCUUACACAUACAUCAUCAGGACCAUUCUGAGCGUCCCUUCUGCCCAGCAAAGGACAAAGGCCUUUUCUACUUGUUCCUCCCACCUGGUGGUCAUCUCCCUCUCUUACAGCAGCUGCAUGUUCAUGUACAUUAAUCCUUCUGCAAAAGAAGAAGGUACUUUCAACAAAGCCAUGGCUGUGCUCAUUACCUCUGUCACCCCCUUAUUGAACCCCUUCAUUUAUACGCUGAGAAACCAGCAAGUGAAGCAAGCCUUUAAAGACAAUGUCAAGAAGGUGGUGAGGUUCUAA